CCGUCAGCGCCGGAGCCACGGGCAGACAUGGCGGGGCAGAUAGCUGUGCUGGGCUCUGCUGUGCUGGCCCUGCUCUUGGCCAGCUACCUGGCACAGCAGUACCUGCCCAUGCCCACGCCCAGGGUGAUUGGGAUCGACCUGGGCACCACCUACUGCUCCGUGGGCGUGUUCCUGCCGGGCAGCGGGGCUGUGAAAGUCAUCCUGGACGAGAGUGGCCACAGCAGCAUCCCCAGCGUGGUCUCCUUCACGGACACGGGCGUGCACGUGGGCUACCAGGGCCUGGAGCUGGCUGAUGCCAACCCCCAGAACACCAUCUACGACGCCAAGAGGUUCAUUGGGAAAGUCUUCACUCCAGAGGAGCUGCAGAGUGAAAGCAGCAGGUAUCCCUUUAAGAUUGUCAACAAGAAUGGAUUAGCUGAAUUUUCUGUGACAACUAAUGAAACCUUUCACAUCACUCCAGAGCGCAUUGGCUCUAAGCUGCUGCUGAAACUGAAGAAAAUGGCAGAAGCCAACCUUGGCAUGUCCAUUUCCAAGGCAGUCAUCUCCGUGCCUGCAGAGUUUGAUGAAAGGCAGAGGAAUUCUACCAUUGAGGCAGCUAACCUUGCAGGGCUCAGCGUUCUGCGAGUAAUCAACGAGCCCACAGCUGCUGCUAUGGCUUAUGGGCUGCACAAAGCUGAUGUGUUUAAUGUCCUGGUGGUGGAUCUGGGUGGAGGAACUUUGGAUGUGUCUCUGCUGAACAAGAUGGGAGGGAUGUUCAUCACACGAGCCAUGGCAGGUAACAACAAGCUGGGAGGACAGGAUUUCAACCAGAGGUUGAUGGUGUAUUUGUAUGAUCAGCUCCGUCAAAGGUUUGGUUCCCUGCCCACGCAGAAGGAGGAGAUUCACCGCCUCAGGCAGGCGGUGGAAGCUGCCAAAUUAAACCUGACUGUCCAUGAGGCAGCUACACUGAGGGUGCUGCUGACUCUGCCAGCAAACCAGCUGACAAGAGAACUUGCAAAAAGCCAGGUAAAAGCAAACAGUGCCUCACAAAACACAGAAGGCCUGAAAAAUCUUGGAGACGCUUCCAAAGUAGAGGGCAACUUUGUGGAAGUCGUGUUUGAAACAGAAAUCUCUCGGAAGCUGUUUGAGAUGUUAAAUGAGGACCUUUUUGAGAAGAUCCUUGUGCCCAUUGAACAGGUGUUGCUGGAAGGGCACCUGCACAAGGCUGAAGUGGAUGAAAUUGUGUUAGUGGGAGGCUCCACACGGAUUCCCAAAAUACGUGAAGUUAUUCGGGACUUCUUUGGGAAGGAACCCAACACCUCUGUGGAUCCUGACCUGGCAGUGGUGACAGGUGUAGCCAUCCAAGCAGGAAUUCUUGCUGGGUCCUGGCCUCUCCAAGUCAGUGCUAUAGAAAUCCCCAACAAACAUUUACGGAAGACUAAUUUUAACUGAAGAGAAACUCUUCUCAGUUGCAUUCCAGCUCUCCAAAAGGAUCCAUACUUAUCUGACUGGCAAUGGAACCUGAUCUUAGCUUCAUUCUAUUCAAUUUUCACCUGUUCCCAUUAGGUGUUACUGGACACCUACCUGUGCUAAAGCUUGAUGUUACUUUAAAGGUACAAACGAGUUCUGAAGUGUGCUGUGUUUACUUGGAGAGGGGAUAUUGGAUGAAAAUGCCAGUGAUGACACACCCACAUUUUCUUGCUAAAUUUUAUUAGCAAAUCCUGGAGUGGUGUGUAUUCAAAGUAUCAAGGGAGUGUGACCAAAGGUUUGAGAUGAUGUGGUACUGAGGUAUUCCUGGGUCCAGUGUAUUUCCUUGGAAGGACUGUGAAGCAGCAUUAAUGCACAGAGCACUGGCAGUGUUCAGCUUACACUUAUUUAUCAGACUGAGCCAUUUGAGCAUUUAGGCACCUUUCCUAAAGGCAUCUUGCAGCUUAAAUGAGACUGAGGCAUUAACUUGAUUCUUCUGCUGUUCAUAACAGCAUAAUGGUAUGCUGAGGCUCCAUGGCAAAUUGUCCCAUGAUUAGGAAACCUUAUUGAAAACGUGGCUCUUGCCAGUGCAGUUUCUUGGUCUCCAAGGGCUUCAUUCCUGACCUGGCUGUGAUGGUUAAACACAGGUGCUGAUGUUCUCCACAGAGAACGAGGGUAUAUUGCCAAAUAUUCAUACCUGCCCCUGCCUUACUUUAAAACUACAGUGAUUUUAUGAAUCUUGAAGCCACACUUGCCUGUCUUCCCUUGAAUUUGACCAACAUGAAUUUCAUCAUUCUGCAUUUCCAAGUGUGUGACAUCUUCUCUGUGAAGCACCCCAAGCCAUACUGUCCUCAUGGAGAAAGUGUGGGACAGAAGGGAUGGCCUGGAUCAAAUGUAAUUCCUGUAGCCUUAGUAAAUGAAAAUUGACCCAACUACUUUGUGCUUUUUAGUUCUUACGUGGUUUAAGUUUUUUUAUAUGCCUACUCUAAACAGAACAGAGGUUGUAGCUGUCCUGUUGGAAAGAAACAGUGUUGUGUGCAACUCAGGGUUUGAGGUGGACUCUCUUUUAGGCAAAUAGAUCACUAUCCAAAUACCUUGAAAAUGUGUUGUGAGGAGAACAAAAUCACUGAUCUGAAAAAAAAAGAAUUGGUGACAGUUCUCUUUGCAGGGAUUAAGCAAUAAUCAAGCACCAGCUGAAUUCUGUUAUCUGCUUGGAACUUCCUACCAAAAAAAACAUGUCUUUCAGCUAAGACUGGUUUCAACAUCCAUCAGCCCAGUCUUCAUCAAGUAAGCUCUACUAACAGGUGGUUUUAAGGAUUUUCUUGUCUUCUCCAGAAUAAUGUUGUAUUAACCUUGCUAAGAUAAAGUGUGGGGCUUAGAUUUAUUGUUUUAACCUAUGACUAUAUUAAAAUAGGCUUAUUACUCUCCUGGCAGCAGGCCUGAUUUAUGGCACUGCCAUAAAUCAGUUGUGCUGGUUCAGCUGUUUGCAUAGCUAUUGUCUAAAUGCAUCUUUGAAGUAAUCCAAUUAAAAACCUCUUAAAUUGAAUCAUAGUUGCACACAGCCAUUCCAUCUGCAUUGUUUAACUUGACAGAGGAUUCCCAAAGUACUGCUGACAUCUGCUUAAUUUUCCUGCAUUGAAAACGAGGAAUUUUUUUUUUAUUUGAGGAUUCUUUCCUUCCUCUUUGAAAGUGACCCCAACCAAGUGUGGAGCUUCCAGUAAGUAAAACUCCUGCAGUGAAAGAAGUGCCUCUUCAGUGACACCAUGGAUGGGUGCAGUACAGUCCUCAGUUGCUGCUUUGUAAAUGUGUGUGUUCAACAUCUGUACCAACUCUUUAGAGUCACUGUGGCCUUUCCUUCUGCCCUGCUGUAAGUUCAUCCCAAAAUCCACUGGAGGUACAGUAGGACUUUGGUCUUCAUGUCUUUAAUGCACUUUGUUAAACAAGCAGACCUAUAUAAAACAGAACCACUUCACAGAGAAGUUAAACUAUUAAAAGCUUUGCAGUUUUGGGACAAGUUAGGUAGGAGCUGUUAAAACUCUCAAAGCAAAUAAAUGAAGUAUUUUUUUCUUUCACAUUCUCCUUCACCCUGGGGGAGUUAAAUCUCCUUCAGUGUUAAUCUGGGAACUGGAAGGGAAGGGCAGGUUGUUUACUUGUAAAAACUAAAUCCACAAAAGGGUAUUUAUUCAGAGAUCUCUACAGGUUGGAGUUUUUAGUAGACAAGUUACUAUACACUGGAUAUUACAAUGCAUCCUUAUUUAUUAGAUUUUCUGAAUUAUUUAUUUUGUAUCUUUUAAUACUGUAUUUUGGCACAAACAAUUAAAUUUUAAAGACGAGUCCACUGCACUAAGUGGAUAUUUCCAGGUAUGCACAUGGGCUGCUUACCAAAAGUCUCUCUGUAAAAAAGUUGAUACUUGAAGGCUGAAAUCUUCCUGUAAUCCUUAUGAUUGCCUGUGGUGGUAGGUGUGUAACCAAUUUCUCUAGCUAAGCCUUGUUUGGUGAGUUAAAAUUCUGAAAGCAUCAGGAGGCCUCAACAAUUGUGUGUUCCCUAAUUGUUUCCCAGUGCAGAUGAUGAAAUGCAUUUUAUAAAUAACAUUUUAGAUUUUUAAAUAAAAGCAAUUUCUACCCCUUG